AACUACCACCUCUCGAUGGUCAUAAUUAGUCCCGCUUUGUGGCCAAUCUGUCAUCUGUAUGUAGAGCACUUUGAAUGAGAGGAAACACAUCAACAGAAACUUCCUGUAAAGUACAUUUGCAAUUGCCAAGCUCCUUAGUGGUUCUUCGCAUCAUAAAGAUACACUAUAACAACAACAGGCAACAUAAAUCUCAUUUUAUUUCAGGUGAAAUCCUAAACCUUUGCUAAAAUGUCCAGCCAGGUGAUCACAGCUGACAAUGCUAAAAUUGUCAUCCAAAUAAAUCCACAGGUGGCUAAAGGACAAGAUAAGAGUGAAACUUAUGCCAAUACACCCCUCAAAAGGUUUCUUAAAGUACAACCAAAGUCAUUGGGGAUUGUGCAGAUUAUGAUCGGAGUUGUGACCUUCCUGGUUGGUAUUGUGCUCACCACGACAAUCCACUAUUUUGUGAUAAUUGUCAUCACUGGUGUAACCUACUGGGGAUCACUCAUUUACAUCAUUGCUGGUUCUCUAUCUGUUGCUGCGGAAAAUAAACUCAAUCCCUGUCUGGUGAAAGCCUCAAUUGGAAUGAAUGUCGUCAGUGCUGCAACGGCAGGGAUAGCCAUUAUUCUGAUGUCCAUGCGACUUGCUUUUACGCCCUUUUACUAUGACAGAAAAAUUGAGCCCAGGAAGGGCUCAGAGACUCCCCCUAACCAGUGA